GCUUUCCCCCCCGAUUUUUAACGGGGUCCCGCGAUAAAGCAGUGUGAACGGGCUCAACAACAUCCGAGGGACCUCCUUCUCGCCCGAUUCCUUUUUCCUUACUUCUUCCUGCACCAAAAAACCUCCCCUUCCUCUCUCACCUAAUCCCAUACCCAAAACCAAACUUUCCCGCCUGCGAUUCUUCCCCUCAGCCUUGUGUUGCGCAAACCAACUCGAAUUCUUCACACCGAAUCCUAGCCAAAUCAGCAAGGACCCUCAACAAACUUCCCACCCCUCCGAUAAACAAGGAAGGAAGAAAAAAAUAGGAGCCACGUUUACCAACAACAAUCCUUUGCCGUCUCUCCACACACAAAUCAGUCACAAUGGGCGCUGUCGAACUCACCUACCAGGAUGUUGCUGAGCACAACACCAAGAAGGACAUCUACAUGGUGAUCCACGACAAGAUUUACGACUGCACCAAGUUUGUCGACGAGCACCCCGGUGGCGAGGAGGUUCUUCUUGACGUCGGUGGUCAGGAUGCCACCGAGGCUUUCGAGGAUGUCGGACACAGCGACGAGGCCCGCGAGACCCUGGACCAAUUGUACCUCGGUGACCUGAAGCGUCAGCCCGGAGACCCUGCCCCCAAGAAGCAGGUCGCCGCCAGCAGCUCAGCUUCCAGCACCGAGAGCCCCGGCUUCGGCAUCGGCCUGUACGCCGUUCUCCUCGUCGGUGGCGUCCUCGCAUACGUCGCCUACAACUACCAGCAGCAGCAACAGCAGCAGUCCGCAUAAGACACAAGCUGCAUUGCUACAGUCUUGGACUUCUUUUUACAGCAAAACAGAAGAUGCUGAGAGGGUCAAGGGGCUCCCACCACGAUCGCCGCCGCCGCUUCCCCGAAAAGGGGGAAACAAGGAUGCGCGCGCCGCCGCCACGGCUAUGAAGGCGGGGGCUCUGGUCAUUGUCUUCAACAGGCGGAAACUUGGUUUUGAAGAGCGAGAGCAAUGGGGGCGCAAAGGUCUAUUUUGAAAGCCUUUGCGUCACCUUCAGGUCCCAUGGAUGUGUUACGAGCUGACGCAGACGGGUUACAGGGGAGCUUUUAUUCACGGGCAGAGGAUCUGGCUGGUCGAGCAACGACCGAACCAAAUCUGCCGGGAGAAGAUAUGCUUUUAAUAGAAUAUACGUUCUGGUCAUGAUACUUUGUUGGAGAUUCUGCACUGGAUAUACUGGGUAGUGGGCGUCGUUACUCUAGGCACGUGGUAACGCAACCGGUGAUUGUACGAACCGCUUAGCAGUGAGAGCAACAGACGGAGCUUUAGGUACG